CGCGCUCCCUUCGCGUUGCGGGAUAGUGAUGCCUUCGUAGAGCCAUCAAUGUUUGACGCAUCGCCGGCCGACAACUUUCUCGGUGUGUUACUUUGCGCGACCACCGCCUUCGUCCUCCACUGGAUGAUCACCGGACGCGUCGCAGGAGGGAGGACGCGACUUCCUGCCGCCGCCCUUGCCAUUCCCCCAACACCACCACGCGCCCGCCGCGCGCACGUCCCUUUCGCGAGCACCUCGUCUGCCCACUCCCGCCCACUCAACACAUUCCCGACGCGGCGGGAGAAUAACAACAUGUUGCGCAAGGCUCACAACGAGUACGAGAGGAAGACCGGGCUGGCACAGAUCUCGCAGGCGAGCUUCUCCUCGCAGUCCUCCAGCCAAAAGCAAUCAACGAACCCAGGCUACAAGAAUCCUCUGAAACCCAGCUCAGCGUCGAGUCUCAAUGGUCUGCGAGGCUCUCGCUCCCCGUCCAGGGCUGGAAUCAAGCGCACAUCGAGCGGCCUUGCGAAGUCGUUCGAUGGCACCUUUGACGAAGACGCGGGUUCACGGUAUCAGCCGGUCGUGAUUGGGGGCCAGCCAGGAAAGACGGUCAUUCCUCAAGCUCUGUUUGACGAGAACGAGUUCGAUGAUGAUAUAGAUCUGGAUGUGGAAGAGCCGGUAGCAAGGAAAACGACCACAAACAUCGUGAGCUAUCCAGAUCUCUCAGCACAUCUGCCCAAGACAACGGGACAACGUAGCUUCCACACCACUUCCACAAAGCCGGCCACGAUCGAUGCAGCAGCUGGAAGAGAGGAUUUUGAAUUCACGAACUUUGACUCGGGCUCAAAGUACAACGCGAGGACAGACCAGGCACCGAACAGUAGUGCACCUUUGCCUUGGUCUUCAUCGCCGCUUGAGCACUUUCAGCCUACUGGACGCCCGCAGAAAUCACUUCAGUCAUUCGCUUUCGAUGGAUUCACCGGCACCGAUGCGAGCAGACAACCUGCCACCUCACCACAGCCUAAACCCGCCAAGCGCAGGACUCUGCCAUGGCUCGAGGGGAAAUCGCAAGAGGCAGAGCCAACUCACACCGUGAGCGGGAAUUCGCAUCGAUCACGACCUGUUACUGCAACGCCUGCACCGAGCAAAGAUAGAAAGGACAAAUCUGCGUACCCCUGGAAUACGACUGCCAGCGCGGUGAAAGAGCAACAAAAGAAGAAACGCGAAGAGACACGGAAGACAUCAGGCAAGGUGAUUGAAGGCACUGAGGAGUCAGUCAAAGCCGCGACCACUAAGCAGAAGCGUCCUGCAAAGGUGUUCCUCAGUGACGAACAGCAGCACGUCCUCGAGCUCGUUAUCGAGAAAAAGAAGAGCGUGUUUUUCACCGGUUCUGCAGGUACGGGAAAAUCUGUCCUGAUGCGAGAAAUCAUUGCCUCACUUCGAAGGAAGUAUCAACGCGAGCCAGAUCGCAUCGCUGUUACGGCCUCGACUGGUCUUGCUGCCUGCAACGUUGGUGGUGUCACGCUCCACAGCUUUGCUGGCAUUGGGCUAGGAAAGGAAGAGGUGCCUGAGUUGGUACGCAAGAUCAAGAAGAAUCAGAAAGCGAAGCACCGGUGGAUGAGAACGAAGGUUCUAGUUCUGGACGAAGUGUCGAUGGUGGAUGGCGAGCUUUUCGACAAACUUGAGUCGAUUGCACGCCAAAUCCGCAAUAAUGCACGACCAUUCGGUGGCAUUCAAUUAGUGAUCACUGGCGACUUCUUCCAGUUGCCGCCAGUGCCGGAAGGUGGUAGAGUUGCUAAGUUCGCAUUUGAUGCGUCAACGUGGCCAACAACCAUUGAGCACACCAUCGGACUGCAUCAUGUCUUCCGUCAGAAAGAUCCAGUCUUCGCCGGGAUGCUCAAUGAGAUGCGUGAGGGUCGGCUAACACAGUCAUCUAUCGAGGCCUUCAAGAGGCUCUCUAGACCUCUGAAUUACGAAGACACACUUGAAGCGACUGAGCUAUUUCCUACUCGUCAGGAAGUCGAUAAAGCCAACAAUCAACGUCUUGCACAGUUGCAAGGGGAUUUGUUCCAGUUUCCUGCGCGGGAUGGCGGUUCGAUACAAGACAAGACUCAACGCGAUAGACUCCUUGCGAACUGCCUCGCGCCAGAGGCCAUCACACUGAAGAAGGGCGCUCAGGUUAUGCUUAUCAAGAACAUCGACGAGACGCUGGUGAAUGGCUCGCUGGGCCGGGUCAUUGGUUUCAUGGACGAACGCCAAUUCGACAGCUACAACAACAACGAAGCCGCAUUUCUGCAAUCGCCUGGCGGCACCGUGCAGUCAAAUGCCGGUGAUAGUGCUCCCAUGGACGUGCGACAAAUGAUGCAAGGUGUCACCACAUCUCGGAAAUGGCCUUUGGUCCGCUUUGCCAUUGCGGACGGAACCUGGCGCGAUCUUCUUUGCGAGCCUGAGACGUGGAAGAUCGAAUUACCGAACGGGGAAGUCCAGGCAUCUCGUGCACAGAUCCCGUUGAUCUUGGCGUGGGCUUUGUCUAUACACAAGGCGCAGGGUCAGACACUCGAUCGUGUGAAAGUCGACCUUGGUCGUGUCUUCGAGAAGGGUCAGGCAUACGUCGCGUUGAGUCGUGCGACCAAGAUGGACGGGCUCUGCGUACUGAGGUUCGAUGCUCGCAAGGUGCAGGCACACGACAAGGUCCGGGCCUUCUACUCGAAGCUCGCAAGGGUGGAACUGCAAGAGAAGAACAAGGAACGUAUGAGCGCAAUUGACAAGUCCGGUGUCACAAAGGCAAAGGACUACGAGUCGAAUUUCGUCGAUGGCGACUUCGAUGACAGUAACAUCAAUUGGGAUGAGUAUUGAGCCACAUCUUAAUUGAUGCUCAUCAUGGCGGCCGAUGAUUGAUCGCUCUCGAGGCUCUGAUCCUCAUUCUCAGAUAUGUCUAUUUGUAGAUAUAUUCACUUCGCUCACUGCCUCAGCGCUCUAGCAGCUGACAGCGACUGGUCA